AGGUUAAUUGCCCUGAUAGUUAAUUAAUAUUGCACUGUUUUUAAAUAAAAAUGAAGACGUGGGGUUAAUUACACAAUGGGUUUUUAGGUUUCCUAUAACAUGAGGUUAUGAUGUUGACCUCUGAUUUACUCCAACUAGAGUUUAACGUUUUUUUGUGGUUUUGUUUUUAUGCUGACCGGAAGCGGGAUUGCUGUGAAGUGAUGCAGCAUUGACAGACAUGUUCAUACACGUUUAAUAUAAGUUGAAUCAGCGUUAAUUUAUGCUUCAAAUUGGAAGUUAGCAAGAAUACAAUAGGAAAGUAUAGCCAAAGAGCUCGUCAAUUAGCUAUUUAGGCUAACGUUAGCUGCAUGAAGUUGCCUGGUAAUAUUUAUGAACUGUUUGUGCUUUCAAGGCCAGUUGAAGCUACCGUUGGUGGAAUUAAACCUCAACAUUACAGCCUUCAUAGCCAUUUAUCUGUCUUUAAGUUGUGGCCCAGCAGUCGUCUUGCCUUACCCUGUGUGUGGAAUGGAUGCCACUCAAAUGAUCAGUGACUCAAUCCUGGAGUCAGAUGAGGAAGACAACAAAGAGGAGAAUGAAAACAAGAGGGGACGACCAUUGGCUAAACUGUGCAUCUUAAAAAAUGAACAUAUCCCUGAGACAGAGUUGCCCCUCUUUUUGGGAGAUAAUGUGGUGGGCCGUGACCCCAACACCUGCACCCUGCCCUUGCCAGCACCCUUGAUAUCCAAGCAGCAUGCCACCAUCUGCAUCUCUGUCUACAGGAGAAGAGGUCGUCACAGUGAAGUGGACAUAGAGGCUUUGAUUUGGGACCUAGGGAGCAUGAAUGGGACCCGCAAGGGCCACUUAAAGCUGACUCCUAAUGUACGCUAUGCCCUCAGUGAACGUGACAGUUUGGUGGUGGCAGACAUCCCAUGUCAGUAUGUCAGCUGCACUACAGAUGCAGUCUCCUCUAAAGGGGAUACGAUGACUCCUGUUAGCAUAAAUUCAGAGGUAAACGACAGGUUGCCAGAUGCCUCGGGAGACAAGGGAGGUCACUCAAGCAUAGGCAGCAAGAAAUGUGUCAACGGGGGUACAGAGGCUAGGACGUCAUUACCUGAUCAGGAGGAAACAAGGAAGACUCCUGUCAGAACCAGUUGCCUGUCCUUUGAGCAAACUCCAACCCAGCCACAGGGGACCCUGGUCCCAGAAUCUGACUCGGACUCAGACGAGGAAAGAGGAGACAUAAGGCGCAAGGCUCUAGUGUCCGAUUCUGACUCCCAUAAAUCAGGUCCCACCUGUUCAACAUUCCUGAGUCCCACAAACAAAAUUGUCCCUGAAAGUGAGGAUGAAAGUCCCAUCACACUGUCCUCCACUAAAAAUAGGCCUUACAGACAUGUCGGCUUCAGCAAGGAGGAGCCAGACGUAGAGGUGGGGCAGCAGCAGCUAAAGAACAAAAAGACACUUGCAAUUGUGGACGACAGUGAAGACGAAGAAGAAAGAGCAGCGCCGGGAGGGAGAAAGUCUGAGGAAAGUGAACAACAUGUGCCAGACAAACAGGAAAGCAAUGUCAGUCUUACCGGAGAGGAUGAAUUCCUCGUGUCUCCACCAGCAGUCUUCACAGACGCGAGCCCUGUAUUUUGCAUGGACAGUGACACUGAUGUGGAGGGAGAGGAGGAGAGGGUGGCGUCUGCAGGCCCACUGACCAUGAAUACAAACCAACAAGCUGAUCAGCCACCAGACACAGCCCAGUUUCACAUGGACAGUGAUACUGAUGUGGAGGAUGAUGCUGCGUCAGACACCGCUAUUAAAGCAACGUCACUUCAAAGCACACACGCAGCUGACUCUUCCCCUUCUAUGCAGCGCAGCAAUUUGCACCUAGACAGUGACACAGAUAUUGAUGAGGAAGAAGAAAAGCAAUGUGGAACAAAUAAUUCAUGCCCUAAAAUAGAUGAAACUCCCACUAGAUUAGACAUCAAGCCAACUGGGCCCGAAUCCGCCCCCGCCGCGUCUCACAGCCUGCAUCUAGACAGUGACACGGACGAUGAAGCCAUUCCUGCCCCUGCCAUCAGUGAACUGUCGGUGGUGUCCGCUGUCACAGAGUCCGUCACCGUUGCAGAUGCAGGAGCCGAUUUGGCUGUUCUGUCUGACAGCGACACAGAUGUGGAAGACGAUUCUCCUCUGCUCAUACCUGUUGUCUCAACCUUGUCUGUCGAUCCUGGUACCACGUCGGAAGCUCUUCAGUCCGAUUCUGAUGCAGACACAGAUGUCGAUGAAUCCAGCGUGCCCCCUGCUGGGGAUGGGGUCAGUCCAGCCGACCUCAGAGUGGACAGUGACACAGAUGUGGAAGAUAAGGAGGGGGAUUCUGGAGAGGCAGGGGAGAACCAGAUUCCCAGCCUGCGCAGAGAAAACACACCUGGGUUGCUGGUUCCCCUUCAGCAGAACUGCUCUACUCCUGUACAGGUGUCAGAAGGAGAACUGGAAGAUAUGGAGACUCAGGCUUUCCUGAUUCCCUCAUCAGGUCCAUUUAGAUGUGCAAGACCUAUAGCAUUGUCUUCCUGCUCAGACAGCCUGGAGGACGACUUGUGUGCUGUGGCUGAGACCCAGUCCUUCAUUCUCCAGACCAGAGACUGCCAGGGCAACCCUCUAGAGGACCACAACAAGGACCCCACCCAGUCUUCUCUUGAUGAAAAGGGCAAACAGUCCAUUAGAGGAGGGUCUCUCCAGCUGGGAUCUUCUGACCGCAGCCACCUGGAGGGUCGGGCCCAAGCUCUAGCCACGGCGAACACCCAAGCUUUUGUCUCCGUGGUGGAGGGUGUGACUCUGGACGAUACCCAAGCAUAUGCAGGCAGAACUUCCUUGGAGAGUGAUUCAAAGCUGCAGGCCUAUGGAGAGGUUGAGAACCCUGCCAGAUGUUCAGUAAUGUCUGCAAAAGAAGGGCGGGUAGAUUUUGACCUGGAAGCAACACAGGCGUAUAUUUCAGAGCCCGACAGUGAUUCAGAGGUUGAAACCGAUGAAGAUGAGAGAAAAAACACUGCUACUGCUGAGACUCAGCCUUUCCACAUUCCCACAUCAUCUACUCUUGCCAUGGCUGAAACCCAACCAAUGUUUGCCCUUGAGGAGGAGGAGGAGGAGGACAGUUUGGAUAAAGAAAAUCUUAUUUCCUCUGGACUACAAGUAAAGUCCAGCCCACAGCAUGCAACAGAAGAGAGAGAAGAACAUGUGGAGGCAGCUCAACCUCAGAAGAGGCUCCUCAGUGAUGCUCUUUCUGUGGCUCAAACUCAGCCCAUGCAUGUAAGUGAGGAUGAGGAAAGUGAUGAUGAGGACUUGAUUCCACGAAAAAGGAAAGCAAAGCCACUGCAGCUUGAAGAGGAGCAGACACAAACGCUCACAAACUCUGAGUUAUCACUUGUUGAAACCCAGCCAAUGCACUUUGGUGUAGCUGAAACUCAGCCCAUGGCUACAAGUGGAAAUGAGGAAAGCGAUGUUGAGGAUUCAAUUCCAGGUCCACGAAAAAGCAAAGCAAAGCAGCUGUGGCUCGAAGACGAGCAGACGCAAACACUCACAAACUCUGAGCUCUCCACCAUUGAAGCUCAGCCAAUGGCUACAGGUGAAGAUGGAGAAAGUGAUGAAGAGGAGUUGACUUCAGGUCCACGAAAAAGGAGAGCAAAGGCACUGCAACUUGAAGAAGAGGAGACACAGCCCCUCGCUAGUUCUGAAGUCUCUGCUGUUGAAACCCAGCCUGUGGUCGCGGGUGAAGACAGAGAAAGAGAGGAUGAGGACUCAAUUCCAGGUCCACGAAAAAGAAGAGCGAAGUCAAAGCCAAUUCAAGAAGAGGACACACAACCGCUCACAAAUUCUCAGGCCUCCACUGUAGAAACUAAAACUGUCCGACAGCCUCGGAGGGGGAAAGGAAAACAAGCUGAAGCUGGAACCAGUGGCACGACUAUUGGAGGUAGAAGAGGGACACAGGCAAGAUUAAGAGAAGAGGAGGAGCAGGCGGAGUGUUCUGAACCUCCCAACAGACAGACGAGAGGGAAGAUGAAGGCUUUGCCAACUCCUAGAGGAAGAAGAGGAAAAUCAAGGCCUGAGGAGAAGGUAGAGCAGGCUAAACAAGCUAGAGGGAAAAAAUAUAUGAUGCAUCAGAAAGAUAACGAGGAAGAGGAGGAAACGCUUGAAACAGAAAGGAACAGUGCUGAAAAUAACCGAAUAAAGGAACAAGAAGCAGCGAGGGAAGAACAAGACAAAUUAGAAAGGGAAAGAAAAUAUAAAGAAGAGCAAGAAAGAGUGCAGGCUGAAAAUGCAGAAAGCUUAAGACUUGAGCAAGAGAGAGCAGAAAAAGAGCGAAUAGAGAGGGAAAGAAAGGAGGAAGAUGAAAAGAAAAGAGCUGAUAAGGCACAAAAGAAAAAAGAAAAACAAUUAGAGAGGGAAAGAAAGGAGCAGGAAAAAAAAGAGAGAUUAGAGCGUGAAAAGGCAGAAAGAGAAGAGAAGGAGAGAAGAGAAAAGGAAAGGGAGGAGGAAAAGGAGAGAUUGAAGACAGCAAAGAGGGAACGAGAAGAAAAACUUGAGAGGGAGAGGAAGGAACAAGAAGAAAAACAAGAUCAAGAGGCCAAAGAAAGACAAACAAAAGAGCAACAAGAAAACAACCCCAAAACACCCGCAAGAGGUCGCAGAGCAGCCAGGAAAACAGAGCCGCCACAAGACUCCACCAUAUCAGCCAACGAUGAUGUCCCAGCAAGGAGAACCCGAUCUCGCUCCAACUCUUCCAACUCUGUCAGCUCAGAGAAGUCUGCUUCAAGUGUGAACACCCCGGGGAGCAGGGGCAGGGGCAGGGGCCGAGGCAGGGGAGCGAAGAGGACCAGUGGGCCACCGCAGGCAGCCAUCGCCAGAAGCAGCAACAGAAGGAGGACUGUAGCUGCAGAGCCAACACAACAGGACAAUUCUCCUCAGGGAGUGCUUUCGAGGUCCAACUCCACCAAUUCCUCCAACUCUGAGAUUUCCAGCUGCUCUCAGAGCAGAGGAAGAGGAGGCAGGCAGCGAGGAAGAGGGAGGAAAACAGAGUCACACUCCAUCCCUCCUGUCAAUAGUCAGAGUGGCCAGAAUUUCACUCCCAAACCUACAACCAGAGGCAGGAAAAGCAGGACAGAAGAGGAAUCCUCUAAUGAGGUUCCCCAUGAGGAUGAACCAGAGAAGGCAGAUUGUCAGCAGGCUAGUACCACUAGAGGGCGACAGCGAGCUAAUGCAAAUGGCUCUAAACCUGCUGCUGGAGAUGAGAAAUCCUCUUCAAGUCAGGACUGUGCCAGUGAAGAAUCACCUCUGCUUAAAAGGAAUGUGAGGGGCAGAGGCCAAAAAACGGUAAAGAUUGAGACUGUGGAGACACCAGUAGCUCCUGCAGUCAGUGAUGAAGAGGAGGCUGAAGAGAAAAGUAAAGGAAUAAAAAGAGAGUUGGAGGCAAAUACGGAAGAGGAUUCCAGCAGUAGCUCCAAAAUAUCCAAAGCGAAGGGGAAAGCCCAAACAGCAGAGGCAGCGAAAGGUGAAACAAAAGAUGAGAGUCAAGUCCAGGUUAAGAGAAAAGGUCGGGCAUCCGGCGCUCAAGCUAAGAAGAGCGCAAAGGAUUCCCCUGCUGAAUCGGAGGUGAAAGAAGAGAGUGAGAAAAUGGAGGAGGGGAUAGUUGAGAGGAGAGGCAGAGGCCGGACAUCAGUGGUCCAGAAACUGAAGAAAGAGAAGCAGGAAGAAAGUGAAACAUCUGUUGACCAGGAUCCACACGUGGAGGCAUCAGAGCAGCCCCAGACUCCGACUGGCGGUGUAUCCCGGAAGCGACGGGCUGUUGCGGACUCCUCGCCUGUGGCAAAGACCCCGCGCUCCUCCUCUGCUUCCCCGGCAGCCGGGGGUCAGUCACGAGCUGCCGGACAGGCCUACAAGGUGCUGUUCACAGGUGUGGUGGACGAAGAAGGGGAGAGAGUGUUGGCUCGUUUGGGAGGCAGCAUGGCUAAAGGAGUGACGGACAUGAACUGCCUGGUGACUGAUAAGGUGCGCAGGACCGUCAAGUUCCUGUGUGCGUUGGCUAAAGGAGUCCCCAUUGUCACCACACAAUGGCUGGAAAAGAGUGGUAAGGCUGGGAGCUUCCUGCCUCAUAAUGCGUUUGUUGUGAAGGAUCCAGAGCAGGAAAAUAAGUUCCAUUUCUCCUUGCAGGAGUCUCUGAGGAUUGCCAGCAGUCAGCCUCUCUUACAGGGCUAUGAGAUCCACGUUACCAAGUCAGUGAAACCAGAGCCAGUUCACAUGAAAGACAUCAUCUGCUGCAGUGGAGCGACCUUCCUUCCUAAGAUGCCCUCCUCUCACAAGCCUCAGACUGUCGUGAUUUCCUGUGAGGAGGACUGGCCGCUCUGUGGCCCGGCUCUCUCUGAAUCUCACCCGGUGGUCACAGCUGAGUUCAUUCUCACAGGGAUCCUUCAGCAGAAACUUGACCUUCAGACGCACAGACUCUCUGCCCCUGCAAACACUCUGCAGCCUGCCGCAGGCAGGGGAAGGAGCAGGAAGAAGACUUAGCACCACCACGGUACACUGUAUUAAAAAAAAACAUUGUUUGUUCAUCGCGCAUAGAUUCCAUUUCCAAUCAGAGACCGGUAGAGACACUAGGGAGCCAGCUGCUCGUCUGUAUGAAAGACUUGAAGAAUGCAUUGUAACAUAUUGUGGAUGUAGCAUGGAGGUCAUUUAAAAGUGUCAGCUGUCAGAUGUUGCACAGCAUUCCGAGAGGAAAGAAACAUAAUUUAGGAAACUUACCAAGUCUGUCGAAGUAAGUUCUUAUUGUUGUUCUUACAAUUGUACUUUUUUGACUUGUAGAUGUGAACAUUUUUUUAGGUUUUAAAGUUUCAGAAGCUAAAAGCGAUGUUGCUGCUAUGCUGGGUGGGAAAUAAUUGCCCAUCAACCGUCCUCGUCAUGUCUCACCUCUCAUCCUCCCCUCUCUUUGUACGAUAAGAAGCAGAGCAGGAAUUAACACUGCUACAGGGAAUUGCUGCUACUCUCUAUACGUGCUAAGUGCUUCGACUCAAUCGGCAGGUUUGGCAGCCAUGAAGUGGGAGUUGUAUAAUCAUGUUUGGGUGUUUUGAAAAACAUCAGCUACGGGGGCCAGUGAAUGGAAAAAGAAAGAAAAAAAAAAAAAAGAAGAAGCUUGUUUCCUGUCCUGAUAAGUGCAUAGUGCCUUUUUAUAACGAGGUAAUCCUGAACCUAUACCAGUGUGUCUUUUUCCUCUUACUCCAUUAACCACCACCACCUACUCCAUUAAGGCUUCAUCCUAUUACGUCCAGGGAUGAGACACCAUGGAUAGGCACCUGCAUGCUGAUGCUGGUUCUACGCCAAUAUCUUGAGGCCGUACAUUUAUCUAUGUGUUUAUGUAUACAUGUCAUGUUAAAAAAGACCAGUGUACAGAACUCACAUUUGGUUUAUUUCCUGAUCCACCUUAAAUAUUAUAAUUGAACUUGCUGUAUCAUUUGAUGUUUUAAAGUCGGACUCACUAGCUUGUAACGAAGUUUGAUUUUAGAAAUACCAAAUAGCUAAUAUCUCAAUACCAAGUUUUUAUAAAAUCAUGACAUCUGCUAUCACCAAUGAAAACAUUAAAUCUUGUCUAUGUUAUGUU